UUUUCCCCUUUGUUCAGUUAUAAUAUUAUUGUUUUGUAAAAUAAAUCAAAACUAUAAUGGUUUCGUAUCAGACAUCUGAAUAUUUUGGGCGUACAUUACAACAAUAUUAUAAUGUAACAUAAGUGUAAAUAAUAAUUAAUUUGUUCAUCUAGUUUAUCAAAUCUUAAUUUAGUGUGUGUUAAUAACGUUUGUAUAAUGUGUGCACGAUAAUUAUUAUUUACGUUCCUAGUAAAUAAUAAAAUCAUUAUGGUCUAAAUUUACUUUAUUCAACUGGAUUUACCUAUUCGAUUGCAAUUUUGUGUAAUGAUGAUUACGAAUUUUAAGACUGUCAAGUUUUAAGUUUAUAUUAAAUUCAGUGGACAGUUAACUGAGUUUUAUAAAAGUGAUUUGAAAAUAUUAAAACAAUGCCUGUGGCAAUGAAUCGAAGACGUGUUAGCAAUUUUACUUACGUCAGUCCGUGCGUUAAGUAUAUGAUAUUUUUGCUUAAUUUUUUGUUUUGGGUAUGUAUCUGUAAAUACAAUUUUUAUGUUUAAAAAAAUUUUAAUACCAAAACUAUCAAUUUAGUUAUUUGGUGGUUUACUGGUGGCGGCUGGUACAUUUGCGUUCUACGAAAAAUGGAAUACCAUGGGUUCUAUCAAAUUGAACACAUUUUCAGAUGUUAUACUAAACAUUUCUCUAGUUUUAAUUAUAGCCGGACAAAUCAUAUUUAUUGUUAGCUUUGCUGGAUGUAUUGGCGCUCUACGUGAAAAUACCACUCUCCUUAAAUUUGUGAGUAUAUUACCUAUUUCAUUUUAAUUAAUUUGUUUUAAGAUUUUAUUGUUGAACUAUGCUUUAAUUUUUACCAACACAAUUAGGUAUCCAUUUUGUAGAACAUUUAUAGUAAGUAAUAUUCCUUAAGUUUAUCUUUCAUUCUGAACAAGUUUAAUUAACUAUAAUAUUGGUAUAUAAAUAUAUUUGAAGCUAAUGAUAACUUAAUAAUUAUGUUUUUUACAGUAUAAAACAUUUAACAAAACCCCAUCAGAUACUUGAUAUUUAAUUGUUAUAUUUUAUUUAUGAUAUGGAAAAGUUUUUUUUAUGAACUGUUUGGGAAUGUAAUUUGUUAGAUUUUUUGGCUUAUGGUCUUUUUAGUGACUGUUAAAUUACUUAUUUACCUAAUAUUGUACAUUUAAUAUUAUUGUAACUAUCAUAUAUAAUUUGAUUGUUUGAUAUUUUAGUCUUUGUAACUUUGUCUUAUGUGAAACAAAGAUGAAAUUCAGAUUAGUACACUAUUCAAUCUCUUGUUUUAUGCAGACUUGUGAAAAGUGGCCUUCGUGUUGUAUGUGACUUAACUAGAUUUAUUUUUGUUAUUUCCCAAGUGUUACUCACUUAUUGUUGUAGUUUUAUAAGUUUGGAUCAGUAUUAAGAGUUAAUUUAUUUCGCUCAUUGCUAAAUAUCUAUCAUUAUUUGUUAUUCAAAAUUAUUGUAAAACUAUAGUUGAUAUUUGAGUUGUAAUACAAAUAGAGGCAACUUCUGUAUCAGUCACCCAUGUUUUCUAAACAGGUUCUCCAUUCAGUGCCUCUAUAUCUUUUUAUUACAUUUUCCAUCAAACAAAGUUUUCCCUGUGAUCUUUUACCAACUGGAUUUUUAUCCAUGAUCACAUGCAUAAGUUGGUUAGGCUAGGUUUCGUCAGUCUACUGUAAUUUCUGGCUCUUGGUUUAUGUUAGUACGUUAACUUUCCGGAAAAGUUUUUCCAAUCCAUUAUUUUUCCUUGCUUUCUACUUUAGUUUUUUUGUUCUUCAAUGGUUCAAAAAUCUUUGUUUAGAGAAUUAUUCUUUCAAAAACCAUCAAUUUCCUUACCUCAGUUUUCCUUAGACUGACCCCUAGCCAGACUAUGCAAAGUGAAAACUGAGAGCAUAUUAGAAUUAUACACAUCUUCAUUUCUAUUGACAGAAUUUGUAUAUAAUUCUUAAAUAUAUUUACCUAGUAAGCAAUAGUAAUAACCAUAAUAAAUUAUAUUGUUUUGAUAUAGUAUUUAUUUUAAGAAAUUCAAUAUUUUCUCAGUGUCCAUUCAUCACCCAAUUUCAGUUACUACAUAAUUGUUUCAUAAAACAUCAAUUUUAAGUCACCAGUCUAAUAAUAUUUAUUUGUCUAUGUUAUUGGCCAAACCUGAAUUCAGAAUAACCUAGUUUAUCCUAAGCCAAAUGAGUUUGGCCGAAAUCUCUUAGGAUAAACUUGUUUAAACUAGGUCGAAGUCUAACUGGACAAACUAGAUUAUACUAACUAGACUUAAUUGUUGAUAUUGUUGAUAUCUAAGAUAAAUAAGGUAUAAUGAUAUACUAAGGUACCUUGAGUUAUGACAUAUACUGUGUAUAUACUGAUGAAAUAAUAAUAUAAUAUACAAAAUAGAAAUUCCCCAAUAACAAUAAUUGUGAUAUAUUGCAGUAUAAGUAUUAUUUCAGUUGUGUUUGUCCAUUGGUCAGUCUAAUCGAUUUGUUGUCAUUAUAUAACUUGUACAUGGUUAGUUAGUAUGUUUGAAGACACUAUCCAGGUAGUUUUGUUUACGAAUUUUGCAUUUUAUAUACUAUUGUUAGGUUAGAUUAUAAUUAAAGUUUUACUUAUUUUUUCUUAAUUCAAAAAUUAUAUGUGUUGUACAUUAUAAUUAUUACAAUGGAUACAUCUUUGUGUAGUAGACAAUGGAGAGAGAUGUUUAUCACCAAAAUUGUACAAAGUGAGACCAAAAAGUCAACUCAUGUGAUAAGAAAGAACAAAUAUUUAGAUUUUAUUGAACAUAUUGAAGAGGCUGAAAAAACAGAAAACACUUUUACAACAAAGACGAAUGAAACAAUUUGGUGUACUCAAAAUUAGGAAUGUAAAAAAAGGUAUUGCAUGGAGUGAAGGAACCAUAAAGUACUACCUUCCGAUGGAUGAACUAUAUGAUGUAAUUGGCGCUGCUCAUAUGGCUGUGGACCAUGGGGGUCAUGACAGGAUGUUGGCUAAAACAUCAAAAAAUAUAUGUAAUAUUAGAAAUCCUAUUUUUCGUUCAAAAAUUAACAGUAGAUAUCAAGAAGAUCUAUCGAUUUCCAGACACAAUCUGAUGAAAAAUUCAAGUUCAUUAUGGUUUAUCAAGGCCAUUUGAUAAAAUUUAUUUUAUUCUGUGCAUUGGAAUUUAAGAGAGCAGCAGAAGUAGCUUACCAUUUAAAAGACAUAUUUCUAACUAUAGGGGCACCAUGCAACCUGAAAUCAGAUAAUGGAAGAGAAUUUGUAAACCAUGUUGUAAGUGAAAUUAUGAAUCUUUUGUCAGAUCUCAAACUUGUGCAUGGAAAACCUAGAUACAGACACACAAAGUUAAGGUUCAAUCAUUGCUACAUAUUAUGAUUUAAUAAUAUUGACAAUAUCAACAGUUUAGUCUAGAUUAUACUACUUUGUUCGAGUUAGUAUAAUCUAGUUUGGCGAGUAACAUAUACAUUAACAGCUGUACAGUAAAAUAUAUAUAAAUUGUAUGAAUUUUAAUCUGAGGUUAAAGGUUUUUAAUUAUUUAUGAAAUACCCAUUUCCAUAUUAAUCAAAUUAAUUAAUUUUAUACUUGUGUUACAUUAUUUAUAUCAACCUUAAUUCUAUAUGUCUAUGUUUGAUUUUCAAGCGUAGUGAGGAAUGUGUUGGCUCUACUAUCAGUAAUUAUUAUUAUUUUUGUGUAUAUUCACUUAACCUAACCUAACCAAAAGUUUUGCUCCAAUUAAAAUAUGACUAGAGCUUUUUGAUAACAUUUUGGAUCUACUUGGUGCAUAGGGAUUGCCAAUUUUUGGUUUGCCUAGCAGUUUUUAUGAUAAUUGGAUAAAAACAUUAAAAAAAGUUAGAAAACAGUAAGUUUAUGAAAUCAACUGUUAUUUCAUUAGUUUUGAUUUAUAUUGAUAGCUAUUAAUUGACUUUUGAGCUUUUUAAGUUUUAAAUGGUUUAAUGUGGAUAAUUUUUUUUGGUAAAAUAGAAUUGCUUGAAAUUUGAAUACAAAGUUUAUUAUAAGAGUUAAAUUUAGUGGAAAAAAAAUAGAAAGUUGUGUGUAAUAUUGUAUUUUUUUUUUUUUUUUUUAAGUGUUUUAGGAUGAAAUUUGAACAAAAAUCUUUAGAACAUCCCUUAGAAUUAUUUUUCGGUGUGUACAAAUAUUAAUUAGAUAACUUUAUGUAUCCAACUAACUCUAUCUAAAAUAGUAGCAAACCCAUCAAUUUUUUUUUAAAUUUAAAUGUUAUAUAUAAUGAAUCUUACAUUAGGUAUACUUUGUAUAAUUAAUAUUAUAUUAAAUUUAUUUUAAUUUUAAUUUUGUAUUUAUACCAAAUUUUUUUAAUGUCAUUAGAAGUGCAUAUAGUAAUUAAUUAUUUGUUUUUAAUAUAAUUUAUCUUAAUUAAAAAAUCUGCUAUAUAUUUAUGUUAAUUGUUUAAAUUAAUAUAGAAAUGUCUGUAAACAUUUAUUUCCAUAGAAAUUAUUUUAAAUUUAGUUUAAUAUAUAUUAUUUAUGUUUUCACUAUGUUAUUUUAUGAUUUUAUAUUUGUAUUUAAACCAACAAUUUUUAACAUAAUAUCUUAACAAUGUUUUGUUUUAAAAAAGUGAGUUGUUAUCUAUAUUAUACCUAUAUGUAUGUAUAUUUUAAUUUAUUAUUAUUAAUAUAAAACAUUGGUAUUUAAAUUAAAUAUUGUUCCCUUUAUUUCAGUUGCCUUUCAAAAAUAUUGCUGCUCAGAUUACAAACCGAUUAAUUGUUCAAAAUCCAAAUUCUGCACAGAAACUUUAUUGUACAAGAAAUACUGAGGAAUAUAAGAAGUCAAAAUAUUCUAUAACUAACAAGAGAGAGAGUGUUAUUUUUAAACACCUAGAUUAUUUAAAUGAAUUACUUAAUCUCCAAAAUAAAUCUUCAUUAUACACUAAUAAUGUAAAACCACUGCACAUUAGUCAACUUGAAUUUUAUAAAAAAUGCAUACUUAUUGAUAGAGAUCAAAUUUUUAACCUCAUGUAUUGCACAAUAGACCAGGCAAACAAUAGUACUUGGAGAUUGCACAGACAAACAAGGCUCUCAGCAAGUUCCAAAGCACAUCAGAUAAAUACAAGACGUGGUCGAAAUGAAGAUUUGGCUACGCAGUUUGUAAAAAACAAACAAAUUUACGGAAAAGCUUUGAAAUAUGUCAAUUAUGGUAUUGGAAUGGAAGAUUUUGCCUGUAAAAAGUAUUCAUAUAUAUAUAAUUUAAAUGUGUUAAAAUGCGGACUAGUUAUACAUCAAAAACAACCUUGGUUGUGUGCAAGUCCAGAUGGUAUAGUUAUCCAUGGAAAUAAAAUACAAAAAUUAUUGGAAAUAAAGUGUCCAUACACUUGUAAAGAUACUAUGCUAGUUGAUGAAGAAAAUGGAAAGCUUAGAGUGCCAUAUUUACAAUUUGAUAAAGAAAAAAAUAUUUAUUUAAAACGGAAUCAUAUUUACUUUACACAGUGCCAAAUACAAAUGUACUGUACAGGGUUAGAAGAAUGUGAUUUAUUUGUUUGCACAAAACAAGACUCCAUAACUGUCUCUGUCAAGAGAGACAAUUUAUUUCUUGAAACACUGGUCAAGAAAAUGGAAGACUUUUAUUUUAAUUACUACCUUCCUGAAAUAACAAAAUUAUAUUUUUAACAUUAUUUGACAAAUACAUAUUUUAUUAUAAAUUAUGUUCAUUAUUUAAAUUUAUUAUGAAUGAUAUUUUUUUUUUAAAACUUACCAUAUUCCUACUACUUGAGUAGUAUUUAAAGUAGUACUUAAUAUUAUAAAUUUAGUUUUUUGAAAGAAUGGCAUGUAAAUUUUUAUUAUUUUCAUUGCAAUCAAGUAUAGUCUAUUGAAGUUAAAUAAUUUUAAGUUUUGAUUUUAUUCCUUGUUUAUUGUGUAAUUAAUGUUUUUUUUUUUUAAUAGUUCAUAUAUUAAUUUUGUUAAUUGAAAUUGUAUCCAACCCAUUAUUUAGACUUAUACUUUAAUAACAUAUUUUUUUUAAUAAAAUUGUAUUAAGUUAGUGUAAUUUUAAAAACUUGUAUUCUGUUUUAUUGUGCAAAAUUUAUUUUGUAUCUUAACUAAUAAAACUUAUUUUUAGUGGUUUAGACAUUUUUCAUAAAUGCUACAUAUAUUUGUACACAUAAUAUGUACUUAAGUACCUUUAAAUCUUUGGCUCUAUUAAUUUUUAAUUUUAAUAGAUAAAAUACUCGCAUAUUUUAUGAAAAUAUUAUACUUUUUACUAUUGAAUAAUAGUAAACAAAUUUACAGAUGAAAAGUCAAUUGUAAUAAAAUGCAAAGUGUACCCCAGUCUAAUAAUAUUAGAAUAUAAUUUUAUAUCCCUUGAGUUUAAGUCCAAGAGGCAAAUAUAUUUUGCUAACGAUUUCAAAUACUGAAUUCUAUACUGUUAUAUAUAUUAAAAUUAAAUUUAUAAAUUUACUUUUAAUUUGUUUCAGUAUUCAUUGUGUCUAUUAAUAUUUUUUUUACUUGAAAUGGGAAUUGCAAUUCUUGGAUUUGUUUUUCCACAUAAUAUGCAAGCUACUUUGGAAGAGUCAUUCACUGAUAAAAUUAUUCACACAUAUCGUGAUGAUCCAGAUUUACAGAACCUUAUAGACUUUGCUCAAAAAGAAGUAUGAAUAUAUUUGUAAAAAGAGUAUAUACAAAUUUAAUUUAUUAUUAUUUUUUUUUAGUUUCAAUGUUGUGGUCUUAGUUCAGGAGGGUACAGUGAUUGGUCUAAAAAUGAAUAUUUUAAUUGCACAUCGCCAAGUGUUGAAAAAUGCGGAGUACCCUAUUCGUGUUGUAUCAACGCUACAGAUAUUUCGGUUCGUAUGGUUUUCAAUGUUUGUAUUCUGAAUAAUAACAAUUUAAUUUUAUAGAAAGGACUUGUAAAUGUGAUGUGUGGUUAUGGCGCUCAAGAUAGUUCUGUAAGUGAUUAACAAAUAAAAUAUUAAUAUUGGUAUUAUAUUUUGUCUAUAUUUAUAAAUGUGUAUAUAAUAUGUAUAAGGUUGCUGAAGCUAGUAAAAGAGUUUGGACUAGUGGAUGUAUUGAAGUGAUUCGUAUAUGGGCUGAAAGAAAUUUAUAUACAAUUGCAGGUGUAGCGCUGGGUGUUGCACUAUCACAGGUACAAAUAAAAAAAAUUGUAUAAUUGAUAAUUAUUUAUUGAUUUAUAUUUUUUCUAAUUAUUUUAUUUUAGCUUCUUAUUAUAAACUUGGCGAAAACACUUGAAGGUCAAAUUGACUUACAAAAAUCUAGAUGGGCAUCUUGAAAAAUAAUUAAAGUAUAGGAAACAUAAUAAAGUUUCCACAAUACUAUUAAUGAUAUUCAAAUAUUAUUUUUAGUAUUUUAUAAUAAGACAAUUUUAGGACAUUUUUCAUUUAAAAAAAAAAAAAAACAAAAUAAAAAUAAAAAUUGAGUUGUAUUAUUUAUUUAAAAAAAAAUGUUGAAAUUUUUUAAAUUUUAAAUUAAUAAUUAUUCUUUUUUUUUUAUUUUUACAUGUUUAUAAUUUUGAAUUUCAUGAAAAAUUAUUCUAUUUUCAAUGCUAAUUAAAUUUCAAUUUUUAUUCUUAAUGAAUUCUUUUAAUUUAUGGUUAAUAAUUCAUUAAAGAACUUUGCCCUGUGAUAAUGGGUCCAACUAUAUAUAUAUAUAUAUAUGUAUAAAUAAUUGAAUUCAAGGCUAUACUAUGCCUUUUUAGCCAGCACUAUAAUGUCCACUAUUUUAUAAAAAUAUAACAAAUUACAUAAUAAUAUAUCAAUGUAUAACUAUUUUGUAUCAUUGUUUUUAAAGAUUAAUUUUAUAUGCAUAGUUUCUACAUACCCAUUUUGUGUAUUAUAAUUUCAUUUUUAAUUUUUGCUCAUACAUAUUUAUUUUGGAUUAUUUAUAUUUUAUACUAUACAAUUCAUAUGUAUUUAUUUUAUCUCUGUAUAUUAAUUUAUAAUUAACUAAAUUUUACAAAUUAUUGAUAAAAAUGAAUUAAAUGUUCAUAGAACAAAUUUAUUUUAUACCCAAACAAAAAAUUUUUUUCUAAGAAAAAUGUUUUCUCUGCGUGAUCAUUUAUUUGUAUUUGUUUAUUCUUACAUUAGGUUAUAUUUUAUAUUUUGAAAUACUUAAUUUAUUAGUUUAAGUAAUAUAUAAUUUCAUGUAUUUUUAUAUGAUAAUGGAAGUGUAGGUAUUUAUGCAUUUGUAGGAUGUAUGUGUGUUAUAGUAAAGUUAAUAUUAUUACUUGAGUGUGAUAAUUUUUUUUAUUACCUUUUUAUUGUUUGGAUUACCAAAGAUAAUGUUUUAACUAUUAAACAUAUAUUUUUAUCA